AUGACCAAAGCCCUCAUCAUCAUGGCCGACUACGGCCAUGAUCCCACAGAGGUUGCUGUCCCCUACCAGGCCUUCAAAGAUGCAGGAUUCGACGUAAACUUUGCAACCGAAACGGGCUCAACACCCCGCUGCGAUGCCCGCAUGCUCGAGGGCCUCUCACAGAAGCUUCUUGGCGCCGCGGCCUCCACGAUAAAGCUCUACGAUGCAAUGGUCCUAUCUGCCGAAAUGCAGAACCCCCUGUCCUGGACUUCACCGAGCUUCACGCUCGAUGACUUCGAUAUUGUGCAUAUUCCUGGCGGUCACGACAAGGAAGUAAAGCAGCUCAUGGACUCAACCACCGCGCAGAAGCUGCUGGCCGAUUACUUUCCUCAGACCAAGAAGCCGGGCAAAAAGAUUGUCUCGGCUAUCUGCCACGGCCCGCUGGUGCUCUGCAACACCAUGGGACAGGACGGCAACAGUGUUCUGUAUCACUGCACGACGACAGCCCUCCCCGGAUGCUUCGAGUCGCUGGCGUAUCAUGGAACCAGGCUAUUUCUGGGCGACUACUACAAGACAUACGGUGCGGGCACGGAGAAUGUCGAGGAUUCGAUGCGCAAAGCGGUGAAAGAUCCCAGUCAGUUCAAGAGCAGCUGGAUGCCCAACCGACCCUUCGUUGUGGAAGACACAGAGUACAACUACAUCAGCGCGCGCUUUCCGCCCGAUGCGGCAAAACUAGCCGAAAUGACUGUCAACCUUGCCCAUCUCAUCCACGUUCAAGGCUUUAAGGGUCAAAACCCGACUACGGCAUAA